AUGUCAGACACAGCUCUGUGGACAACCAGCUCUGAGACCACCAAGGACUUAAAGGAGAAGAAAGAGGUUGUGGAGGAAACAGAAAAUGGAAGCGAUGCACCCACUUAUAGGACUGCUACUGAGGAAAAUGGGGACCAGGAGGCUGACAAUGAGGUAGACGAGGAAGAGGAAGAAGAUGGGGAGGAGGAGGAGGAAGAGAAAGAAGGUGAUGGCGAGGAAGAAGAUGAGGAAGCCGCGGUAGCUACAGCCACAUGGGCAGCUGAAGAUGUUGAGGAUCAUGUUGACACCAAGAAGCAGAAGACCUACAAGGAUGACUAG